AAAAUGGCAAUUCUUUUCGCAUAAGCUCUCUUUACCUCUCUGUCUCUGUCUCUCUCUCAAGGCACAAAAUGCUUCCAAUGUCAAUUCAAGCAGGCAUGAGCGCCACAAUUAAUCCCUUAACGGUACCUACUCGAAAUGUCCUUGGCUACACAGCCGUGAAGACUCCAAUCUGUCUUGCAUCAAAACCAUCUUGUUUACAUUCGUAUUCCCUCGCUCUGCGUGAGCUGAGACCAAAUCGAAAAGGAACAAACAAUUCGAGGGUGUCAGCUUCGGCAGUCGCAAUUGACGAAGAAGAAGGAAAGCAGCCAGCUGAUGAUUCCACCAUCCCUACCGCACCACUCAAAGAGAAGCUUGGAGUGGUUGUAAAGCCAAUGGAGAAACCACGGCUUGUAUUGAAAUUUAUUUGGAUGGAAAAGAACAUUGGCAUUUCCCUUGAUCAGAGUAUACCUGGGCAUGGAACAAUCCCACUCAGCCCUUACUACUUUUGGCCGAGGAAAGAUGCUUGGGAAGAGCUCAAGGUGUUGCUUGAAAGUAAGCCCUGGAUAUCCCAGAAGCAGAUGAUUCUCCUUCUGAAUCAGGCUACAGAUAUUAUUAAUUUGUGGCAGGCAAGUGGUGGCAAUUUGUCAUAAGUUUAUAAAUUUUAAGGGAUUUAAGACUUAUUUGGUACAGUUCUCCCUUGCAAAUGUUAGUAUUGCCUCUUUGUAAGCUGUUCCAGUAAUUCUUUCUGGACCCAUCGCAUUGCUUUCAGUCUUCUGAAAAUGGAAUCUGGGUUGUAUUACUCAUUUUGUUUAUGUGAGUUCAUAAUGAUGCUAGAUGUGAGAAUUUAUUUACGUUGAAAAUCAGGAUUCGAUAACGUGAUUUAAGUAUUUAACAUGU